AUGACUCGAGCAAAACACGUGUGUUCGUUGGUGUGGAAAGUGGAAAAGCGCGUUUUGCAUUUAUUGCGUUGUUGCGUUGUGGAGCAAUUAACUAACUGCUUGUUUGUAAAUUAUAACAUAUUUAUCUUCAUUACAUAUGUCAUCAGGUAGCCUAGCAGAUAAAGCAAAGUUAAUAUAAAGGAUAUUGGUCUGCACGAAACGUUUUGAAAGAAUCAAGAUCGUGAAUAUAAACUCAAGUUAUCAUGGGACGUCCAGGUUUUUCUCCACGUGGUGGCGGUAGAGGAGGCGGAAGAGGUGGUGGAUUUGGCAGAGGAGGUCGUGGUGGUGGACGAGGUGGCGGUCGUGGUGGUUUUGGAGGUGGAAGAGGAGGAGGGGGAGGAUUUGGAGGGAGAGGCAGAGGUGGAGGAAGAGGUCGUGGAGGUGGGAGGGGCCGUGGAGGUUUCAGAGGUGGAAAUUCAACAAUGGUUGAACCUCACAGACAUUCUGGUAUCUUCAUUGCACGAGGAAAGGAAGAUGCACUUGUUACAAAGAACUUAGUUCCUGGGGAUACUGUGUAUGGAGAGAAGAAAAUUGAAGUUGAACUUGAAGGAGCCAAGACUGAGUACAGAGCGUGGAAUCCAUUCAGAUCUAAACUUGCUGCUGCUGUGCUUGGUGGCAUUGAAGCGAUUCAUAUCAAACCAGGAUCUAAAGUUCUUUACCUUGGAGCUGCAUCUGGCACCACUGUUUCACAUGUUUCUGAUAUUGUUGGCCCGGAAGGAUUGGUGUAUGCUGUGGAAUUCUCACAUAGAUCCGGUCGUGAUCUGAUCAAUGUUGCGAAGAAACGAACAAACAUUAUUCCCAUCAUUGAAGAUGCAAGACAUCCACACAAAUACAGGAUGCUUGUUGGUAUGGUUGAUACCAUAUUUGCUGAUGUAGCUCAACCCGAUCAAACUCGUAUUGUAGCUUUGAAUGCUCAUCACUUCCUCAAAAACACAGGACACUUUGUCAUUUCCAUCAAGGCAUCUUGCAUUGAUUCAACGGCAAAACCGGAGGCAGUUUUUGCGUCAGAGGUUAAGAAAAUGCAAGGAGAAAAGAUGAAACCACAGGAGCAAAUGACCCUUGAGCCAUACGAGCGAGAUCACGCUGUCGUAGUUGGAAUUUACCGUCCGCCACCAAAGAACAAGAAAUGAUAACAUUUUUUCUUGUUUUUACGUUUUUAUAAGUCCCACUUAUGUGGCCAUCACAUAAUACGCCCUGUAAAAUCAUUAACUUUUUAUCAUUGAUCCGGAAUUUUUUGGAAAUUUUAAAUCAGAGCCCUUCAGUAUGAUCAUAAAUUUAUUGGUAACAAUUUUGUCUUUGUAACAUUCUGUGGUGAUCAGAUCGCUAUUUCACUGCCAAGUUGCUUUUUUAAUACAGUAACAGCGCAGAAAA